AUGCCCGGGCUCUCGUGGACAACACCUCAGCAGCGACAGUUCAUCGAAGCUGAGCUGUCGACAUUCCAGCAACAUCAAGCCUCAAAAACCACGCAUCUUUUCUGGCCAAAGCUGCAGAAGAAAUGGUAUUCUGCAUUCCCCGAAGAGCUGUCAAUGAUCCCACCACUUCCCUAUGGGCCCAAUACACGUCCGCUAACGCAGGAGGAGGAGCAAAAGCUUGCCCAGGCUACAAAGAAGCGCAAUGGUCAACUGAUGAGCCUACUACUUCGGGAGAGCAAGAAAAAGCGCGGCGUCUCGCGCUCAGGCGUACGUGGCUCUACUGGGACAUCGACCACACUGGCAGGGGGUGCAAGCAGCCGCGUGGCUUCUACAGUUACAAGAGCCUUCAUCAAGAGUAUCGAAAAGAAGGCGGGCCGCGUUCAUCAUGAGCCGGAAAUGUUUGCCAAGUUAUUCGGCGAUAGGAUCAAGGCUGAGCUUGUCGAACGAGGGUGGUUGGAUAUGAAUGAAGCAGCACAUGCGGACCAGCUUUCCGAGGGAGGAGAGGAUGAGACUUUUGAAGCUCGCAAUGCAAGAGUCAAGGCAAUGCAGUCGGCGAGGAUGAAGCUUCAGCGGACGGUCCGCGAUGAGCUCUGGUCAAAGGCAUCGCCGGAAGAGCGGGAGAAGGUUCUGGCGGCGAUUGCGCUGGAGCGUGAGGAGAAGGAGAAGCAGAAACUCAAGCUCGAAGAUGUGGAGUCGGAGAUGAAGACCCCCGAAGAGUAUCAGCGCGGUGUCGACAGCCUGGACGAGGUCAUCAUGCAGACAGGCGAGACCAUACAGCAGCUCUCCGGGUGGGCAGGAAUGACGAUUGCUGGUGGUAUUGUGCCAGGAUUGGGAGGACGGAUCGCUGUCAAAGUCAUCUGCUGGGGCGAAACGGCAGAGGGCAACAACUUUCGGCAAUCGCAUCCUACAUUCUUGGAGGCUAUUGAAGUCCCGUUCAAUGCGUUUUUGCAAGGUGUUUUUUCGGAAGAGGAGCGUAAACGGCGUGCCCUCAAUAAUACUGAGGACAAUGAAACUGAAGAUGACGACGAAGAGCCUGAAACCCCGGCCGUCGUGAUUCCCAAGCCACGCCGGGUUCGCCGCAAAGCGCAAGACCUCCCCGUUCUCCCUGAGGCUAUUCCCCCAGCCCCAGCCCCAGCACCAGUCCCAGCACCGCCUCCCGCCACUGUCCCAUCCCAUCCCACUCCCCUUACGACCUUGUUUGAAGCCCCGCUGGACCCAGUCGCCCUCCUCUCUACUUCGUCGCAAAUCUUUCCGGCUGGCCUUGUUCCAGACAGCUCAUUGACGGGCGCCGUACUCGACAGGCCCAAUCCGACGCCUGAUCUUGCUCAGUAUAGCGCGAAUAUAUCACCCAACGGCUAUGCCGGGCCCAACUGGUGGGAACUCGUUGGCGCAUUUGAGCCAAUCCCUCCUUCAUUCUCGCCUCCGCCAUUCGUGCAGCCAUCGUUCUCGCCCCCAUCGUUCUCGCCCCGGUCGUUCUCGCCCCCGUCGUUCUCGCCCCCGUCGUUCUCGCCCCCGUCGUUUAUGCCACCCUCGCCCUCGCCUUCAUCAUUUGCACCGCCGUCAUCGUCGCCUCAAUCAUUCUCGCCUUCAUCGUUCUUACCUCCCUCAUUCCCAACUCCCAAUGUCUUGAACCACCGUAACGACACAUUGUUUACCGCACAACCCGCCCUUCAGGGCCUCCUCACACCUUGUGGUUCCUCUGAAGCUGUUGCCGACACCGUAUUCUCGGCCUUCAAACAAUCUGCCGAACCCUCAACCCAAGCCAUCAGCAUCCCGGUCGAGUCGGUCCCGAAAUUGCCGGUGGUUGCGACCGCCACUGUUUUCACGGAAAGCACCAACAUUGUCCCCGCAUUAACGAGUCCCGGCCGCCCCAGUACUGAACACACGAGAGAAGGGGCUGCAAAUCCCGAUGUCAGCAAGGGGGAAAAACCGAAAGGGCGGGGAAUGAGAGAGCGGAAACAAAGUACCCGAAUCGACUACAUUGAGCAGUGGGGGGUGAAGAUGUCGCACGGCUCAAAGCGCCAACGGAGUGAGACGGGGGACAAGGGGGGGCAUGAAACAAGCCAACCGGCACGGAAAAAGGCCAAGAAGUAG